AUGUCCCGUCACCACCACCACCACGCCGCCGCCGCCGCCGCCGCCAUCGCUGCAGUGCUCUUCCUGCUCACGCCGCCUCCUUGCGCUGCCGACCCUAACGACGAGCGUUGCUUGUCCCACCUCCACCAGUCCCUCUCCGAUCCCUCCGCCGGUCUCAACUGGACCAAGGCGGCGAUCUCGGCGCCGUGCGACGGCUUUUUCUCGCACCUCCAAGGCGUGACCUGCAACAACGGGCGCGUGUACAAGCUAGCCCUCCCGGAGCUCUCGCUCGAGGGCACCAUCCCGCCGGAGCUCUCCAACUGCACCAACCUCCAGUCGCUGGACCUCUCCGCGAAUGCGCUGUCCGGCGCCAUCCCGACGGAGCUCUCCACGCUGCUGAACCUCGCCGUGCUCAACCUCUCCGCGAACGCGCUCUCCGGCGCCAUCCCACGGGAGCUCGCCAGCUGCGCCUACCUCAACGUCAUAGAUCUCCAUGGCAACCAGCUGUCCGGACCCAUCCCCGACGAGCUCGGCUUCCUCGUCCGGCUCUCGACCUUCGACGUCUCCUACAACCGCCUCUCGGGCCCCAUCCCCGUGCUCCUCGCCAACCGUACCGGCGCCGGCAGCACGGCAGCCGUCGGGACGGCGAGGUUCAAUGCCAGCUCGUUCGUAGGGAACAAGGGCUUGUACGGGUACCCGCUGCCGCCGUUGCGGACGCGGGGGCUCUCCGUGCUCGCCAUCGUUGGCAUCGGCCUUGGCAGCGGGCUGCUCAGCCUUGUGCUCAGCUUCUCCGCCGUGUGUCUGUGGCUUCGCGCCACGGACCGGACUGCAACCACCCCUGGCGAGGAGGGCAAGAUCUCCCAGCUCAUGCCGGACUACUGA